AUGUCGUCGACAUCAAAUGUUCUGGACCAUCAUCAUCAUGAAGCAAACAAAUUUCCUUUCAUCUCCGAAGAAAUUGUCAAAGUAUUCACUUCACGCAACGACUACGAUCAAGGAUUUCCAUUCAUGACAUGUCGUGUCUCGAAUUGGUUUCAAUCUCAACAAUUCAUUCCUCUCUUUUUUUACAAUCACAACCGUUCACACAUUGAAAGUUUAAUGUUUGAAAAUAGACAGAAAGAACCAUUACUAUUAUAUUUACGGAAUUGUAGAUUUCAUUCCUCUUCUCUGACAGAGAACAAUUUACUUUAUGUGGAAAGAUGUCACGACACUCUCAAAUUGACAGCUUGUCAUGAAGAGGAUUUCAUUGGCAAAAGUUUUUGCUGUCGUGAUAUGGAAAGUCAUUCAUUCUCGACAGGUGGCUUAAGCUCAGGAAAUUUGAGCGAUUUAUUUUUGCAUCCCUUAUUUUCCGAUCUCAACCCGAGUCACAUCAAAACUGUCACUUGUCAUUCAUCGAUCGAAGUGUUUCAUUCGUGUUACAACCCCUUCGCACGAGUUCGAUCCAAUAAGGUCAUCCUCACUGGCAUUUCUUCCAUCGAUUUAUUUAGUACUUUCUACGUGGGUCAACAUGCUUGCAUUUCAACAGCCAAACAAUUAUCUCACGCGUCAUUGGUCAUGAAAAUUUGUGAACAAGCAAAAAUUUAUUCACCACCCACUACACGUGCUUCUGAUGAUUCACAUGGUGAGAUUGGUUCAAAGAAUUUUCAACAUGAAAAUGAGAAUUUUUUCGAUUCCACACCAAAUCAGGAAUUGAUCGUUGUGUGUUGCAUGCAAACUUUUUUUCCGAGCGAUUGUCAAAAAUUUAAAACUUUUUUCGCGAAUUCAUUAUCCCAUCGAAGUGUAUAUUUGUGUAAUUGCCAUACAUGCAAAAAUUCAACAUACCUUCAUCACCGCAACAAUGAUAUUCCAUCCAACACUCCUAAUUCCACAUCCUUAAUAUGGACGAAAUCAACGUUGCAUGACAUGAAUGAUGCAUUACCUUUUAUAGCAAUGUCCAUUUGUGAAUUUUUGGCAUUUCAUUGUGGUCGAAAUGUCUUGUUGGUAUGGUAUGGAAUGGAACCCUUUUUUUCUUUAUACGAUUUCUAUCAUGUUGGUUCUCUUCGAACGAAAUGUUCUACCUUAUUUGAAAAGUGUGGAAUGAUGAAAGGUAAAAAAGGUUCCAUUUCGGCUCUUUCAGUCAUUGAAAAUCCAAAUGACGAUCACACUCACAAAUUUAUCGAUAUUUUGAAUGGAUUGGCAGAUUGUACCAUUGCAUUGGAUCGAUAUUUGAAAAUGAAACAGAUCGAUCCUCCCAUUGCAGUGGAAUUCUGUCGAUUUCGAUAUCCAAGUGUUCCAUCAUCAUCAGAAACACAUGACGAAAUGAAUUAUUGUUGGAAUCCAUUGAAUUCCAUAAGACCAGAGGUGGAUGUUGUGAGAAAUAUUUUCAUCAAGUUAUUGAACCACGCAAAAAACAUUUACGAAACACAUGUCUCCCUUUCAGGAAUGGUUCAAUUCACAGCAGAGGAAGAAAUGUUGAUGAAUUUUUUGAGAGGAUUUGAAUUGGAGUUUCUUUCACAACAAGAUUCAAAGAAAGAGGAGGACAAGGACGACGACGACCAUGAUUCGAAUCAUCCUUGCGAUCGUGCAUGUCGGCAUUUUUGCGAAACGAUGAAUUUAGCAUGCAAGUUAUUGAUGGAAUUCCUUCCUUUGGAAUACUUGCGAGUGAUAGGUCCAAUUGGAACAAUCGAUUGUUGUCGUUGUUGGGAGGAACGAUGGGUCAAUGUUGAUCGUUUCUCAAAAAUGGUCAAUGUGGACAAGAGAGAGUGGUUGUUUCGUUUUCUUUUGAGCAAGUGUAAAGACAAGUUUAUAGAUGUAAAAAUUGUGGUUGGAAUGUCCUUUCCAUAA